GAGAGUGAACUGAGAAUAAAGCCGUCUUUAUCUUUCCUCUCGCCUGAUGCAAAACACUCUCUAGAGUCUCUCCUAUCUUGUGUUCGUGUUCGAGCAACUAUUCAAAUUCAUGAUACUCAAAAUUUUCCUUACAGCCCUCACUCCGUCAAGAUUUACGUCAACAAUCAACAAAGUCUCCAGCAAUAUUUUCUUCCUUGGAAGGACAGUAAAGAGAGCCAGAACUAUGGGAUCAAGCCCUGAUGCCAAUUGUACAAUUUCCCCAGAGAAAUUAAGAAUGGACAAUACAAGAAAUCAAUCGGAGUCAUGUGAUUCAUCAGUUGAUCUCCAUGGGAAGGAGGUUCCUUCACCUUCGGUUAGCAUUAAUUCCAUUUAUAAAAGUAAGAGAAGAACUAAAAUAGAUUUGUCUACUGAGCACGAGCCAAGAUCAGAUGAGGUUGGUUCUUUCCAAUCUGAAGUACUGGCCAGUUUACAUUCAGGUGACAAUGAGAACAUCUCGUAUUUGCCUACUUGUUUUGGGAAGAAACGUGGACCUUCUACUUCUAGAAGUUCAAAAUUUCACCAGGCUAACCCCAAGUAUGGAAAUGGUAAGAAAAGUUCAAGUUCCACCAAGGGUGUGAACAUAGACGAACCAUUUGAUAUAUGCCUCUCUGAGCCCUUGGAACAAGAUUUUCUUGAGCCUUCUAUGUAUGAAAGGAAUCGGGAAAAACAGAUUGAAGCUGAAUGCUUGCUUGAAGAGAAUGGUCAACUGUUGAGACCUGGAAUGGUUUUACUGAAAAACUACAUAUCCCUUGAUGUGCAGGUGGAUAUUGUAGAGAGAUGUCGAAAUUUAGGUCUUGGCCCCGGAGGGUUUUACAGACCUGGUUACAAAGAUGGAGCAAAAUUGCGUCUUUACAUGAUGUGUCUUGGUCUCGACUGGAAUCCUCAAACAAAAGUGUAUCAAGAAAGGCGACAGCAUGAUGGUGCUGAGCCCCCUAGAAUUCCUAGUGAAUUCACUUCAUUAGUACGAAGAGCAAUUGAUGAUUCCCAUACUCUGAUUGAAAGACACUCAACAACAAAGAAUGUCGAGGACAUACUCCCUCGAAUGUCUCCAGAUGUGUGCAUAGUUAACUUUUAUACCAGUAGUGGGCGACUUGGCCUCCAUCAGGAUCGUGAUGAAAGCAGGACGAGUCUACUCAGUGGAUUGCCUGUCAUCUCCUUAUCAGUGGGCGACUCAGCUGAGUUCUUAUUUGGCGAUCAGAGAGAUGUUAACAAGGCUGAGAAAGUUUUACUAGAAUCAGGUGAUGUGCUGAUAUUUGGUGGUGAAUCUAGACAUAUUUUUCAUGGAGUGAUGUCCAUUGUCCCAAAUACAGCUCCACUGGCCUUAUUGGAACGUACAAAACUUCAGCCGGGCCGUCUCAACCUUACUUUCAGAAAAUAUUGAUAUCCCACCAGAAUUUCUAAUGGAAUAUGCGCUAUGAUGUUAUCUGUUGAAGAUGGUCAUUGUCGAUUCUUGCAAUUCUGGUUCUAAUCCAAGUUUGGAGAGGGUAUCUUGUACGGGGAAUUGGGAUCCUAAAAUGCGACACGUCUUCGGAUUUAUAUACUGGAAUGUAACGUAAUAUCAAUCUAUUUUACAGUUUUCCUGAUAUUUUUGAAUAAAUAUUAUCAGAAUUAUUAUCAUAAAACUCUUUUUGUAUUUUCACUUCCAAUUUAUAUUUCUGAUUUGGCA